AAUGACUGAGAACUUAAAAACUGGACAGUAAUAGACCAUGAAUCCUAGUGAUGACUGAAUGUGGUGAUAUUCUGAACAAAAAGAGCUUUCAGCCAUGCUUGUGACUGUUUGGCUUCAGAGUGACCCAAAGAGAGUGAGUGGCAAUACUGGAGUCAUCUUAUAUAGAUUGAGGUGGAGGCUGAGAGAGGCAAAGAAGAAUCUCAACUGAGGAAAAAUUGGGACAAGGUGCCUCAGGGGAGUGUGUACUUUCUAGUUUUGGGGAUUCUCAUAGACAGCCUGUUGUUACUGGGUGAUAUCCUCUUUGAGCCAAGCAAAGAAAGAAUCACCUACUAAGGAUUUGGCAUUGACCAUUAAACAGCAAGCUUUGGCUUGGUUAGGUCUGAGAGAGAGAGGGAGAGAACAAACAUCCUUAACUAGACUAGCCCUGCCAUGAGGGAAUAUUGCACUACAGGAUAUGUCUUCACCCAGUCAUUGUCUAAGGCCAUAAAUAACCUGUUGAAUGUCUCCUGAGGAUGUAAUGCACACUGAAAAAAAUCACCCUUUCCCAUUUGCUUUCUCUUUUUAGUGUUCCUGAAAUUGGUAGUCUGCAAUCAGCAGCUGAAGGCCCAGACAUCACCAGGGGAUAAAUGUCCUUGAAAGAGGAAGGAUACAAGCUCUUCAGCUUCAAGAACUGUCCCUAUGAUUGAACAGUGUCAAGAACAGAUGACCACAUAAGGUGCAUUCUCUGCCUGGGAUCCUCCUACAGUAUAUGGGGGAGUGGGAUCAGUGUGUGCAUCAUAAUGCCAAAAGGAAAGUGUAAAUUCACUGAAGAACUAAAGAUGAAAUUCCCGUGUUUUCGAAGUGGUAGAGAAGAAUGGGAAGCUGAGUGCUUGGUACAUAGACCUAGUACUUAUGUCUCUGUGAAAAAUAAAGGCGCUAAUGAUUUACAAACUCAUGUGGACUCUGACAAGCACAAAAAAGCAGUUCAAGGAGAGAGCUCAUCAACAAAAUUGACAGAUUAUUUUGUAAAACCAGGCAACAAAUCAGAGGAUGCUGUUACUGCAGCAGAGGGUGCUUUUGCAUUUCACACCGUUAAGCAUCACAAUAGCUUUAAGUCAAUGGAUUGCACAUUGCAUAAUAGCUUUAAGUCAGUCUAUCUUGCUGAAGUUGACAUUCCCUGAUUCUGAAGAAGCACGGAAAUUUUCAAGUGCUAGAACCAAGACAGAAGCAAUUGUUAUCUCUGUGCUUGCACCACAUUCUGUUGAUGUUGUUCUGAAAACAUUUGAAGAAAAUGAUAAAUUUUACUGUGGAGUUGCUACAGAUGGAAGCAAUCAUGGUUCCGUGAAAAUAUUUCCAGUAACUAUUCAGUAUUUUGACUGGAAGAAUGGUGGUUUGCGGUCAAAACUGAAGAAGGUCCAGAACACACCUAAUGAGACUGCCGACACAAUUGCUCAUUACGUAAAAGAAACGCUUGAAAAAAAUGGUUUGUUCAAGAAGUAUAUUGCAUUUACAGGUGACAACUGCAAUACAAUGUUUGGAGGACUCCAGCCUGGUGAAGAUGGAAAGAAUGUGUUUGCAAACUUAAAGAAGUUGUUGCAGAAGAGAACAUUAAUUGGUGUGGGUUUCCCAGCACACAUUUUGAACAACUGUGUUCACCAUGCAGCAGAAAGAAUGAACGUUGACAUUGAGAACAUUAUUUUUAAAAUUUACCAGUACUUUCAUAUCUACACUGUCCUAACUGAGCGGCUGAAGGAGUACUGUGAGUUUGUUGAUGUUGAAUACAGAAAGCUGCUUUCUCAUAGCAAGACAUGAUGGCUGUCAUUAUUUCCAGGCAUUACAAGGCUGAUACAGAUGUUUCCGGCCUUGAAGUCAUUCUUUCUGUCACAGGACAAACCACCCACAGUGCUUAAGACAUUUUUUUGAGUAUGAAUUAAGUGAGAUUUACCUCUGGCACAUGCAUUCACUCAUGAGAGUAUUCCAAACGUACAUCCAAGAAAUCGAAAGGGAAAGCAAUUCAGUCGUGGAAGUGCUGAAAAGUUUGAACUUGGUUCAUACUAUCCUUCUUGAACGCAAGACUCACAACUUUAUGUCCCUGAAAGUUAAGGGACUACUGGCACAAAAGCGCAUUGAAGGAAUUGAUGAAGAGUGUGACAAAUUCUGUGCUGAAGUAGAUAAUAUGUACAGCAGAUGCUUAGAAUAUUUGGAGAAGUGGCUUAGACCCCUGGAAGACAUCUCUUGUUUCAGGUGGAUUACCUUGAGUGAGACACUGAAUUGGAGUGAUGUGGAACCUUGUAUCAAGUACCUGAUCGAUAACAGGGUGCAAAUUGAUGACGUGAAGUGUUUUGAUCAGGUCAGCAACCUGAAGAAGUUUACGGAAAGUUGCAACAGUGAUGAAGAGUUCAGUAAUUAUUUGCUAGCACACCAGAAGUGGACCAAAUAUUUUGAGAAAUCCAAAAACAUUGAGUGUCAUUGAG